AAAACAUGAUUAUUAUUUUUUAGCUACAAAUUUAAAUUAACAUCAACUUUUUUAAUAAUAAUAUCCCUAUUACUCGGUUUCUCUCUCUUCCCUAUUUGCUUUGGGAUCAAGCUAAUUAGUAAUUCCCUUUCUUCCCCUUUUGUCUAUAAAUACCCCCCUCCAAUUCUCCAUUUCCCCCAUCAAAUUUCCUCUAUCAAAUUCUCUCAAAUCACCCAAUUCCAAAAAUCUAUACAAUUUCAUUUCAUUUCAUUUCUGAGUUAAUUAGGUCAUUUUGUAUUGUUUGAAUUCCUACUUAUCGAUGCCGCCAAAGGGAAUGAGGAGUGUGUUCUUUAAAUCUCCAACUUCUUCUUCAAUACCGAGCACGCCGUCGCCGUCGUCGUCGUCUCACUCGUCUCGCCCCACUUUAUCGGAUUCAAUGGUGGAAGAGAAUCUUGAAGUUGCAGAAUCGUUUGUGACAAAAUGGAGACCUGAUUCCACCAUUGUUGGUUCUUUGUUUCAAGGGGAUGGUCGUGAUGAAGCUCGGCAAUAUAUCAAAGCGGUGAAGGGUUUGUAUGCUUCCAUGCACUGUCUUGCUUCUCGGGAUUCAUCUUCCAAGAAGCUUAUGCGUGCUCAUGAUUUGAUGAAGAUUGCCAUGGAGAGGCUUCAGAAAGAGUUUUACCAGAUUUUGUCUGUUAAUCGAGAGUAUUUGUAUCCAGAACCGGUUUCUAGCGUCCAAUCGCCGAUGACGUUAUCCGCCAGAUCGAGUGUUUCUGAUUUUGAACUGGAAUCGGAAGAUGAAUUCCGAUUUGCUAAUGAAUCUAUUGCGGAGGUUGAGCGAGUUUCUAUCUCGGCUAUGGCGGAUUUGAAAGCAAUUGCGGAUUGUAUGAUAUCGACUGGCUAUGGUAAAGAAUGUGUGAAGGUUUAUAAAACUGUGAGGAAAUCGAUUAUUGAUGAGAGUCUCUAUAAUCUAGGGAUUGAGAAAUUGAGUUUUGCGAAAGUUCAGAAGAUGGAUUGGGAGGUUCUGGAGAUCAAAAUCAAAAUCUGGUUGAAAGGUGUGAAAACGGCAGUGAAGUCUUUGUUUGAAGGAGAAAGAGUCCUUUGCGAUCACGUUUUCUCAGCUUCUGUUCCGAUCAGAGAAUCGUGCUUCGCUCAAAUUUCUAAAGAUGGAGCAACGAUUCUGUUUGAAUUUCCAGAAUUAGUUGCGAAAUACAAAAAAACUCCAGAGAAAAUUUUCAUUACACUAGAUCUAUACGAAGCCAUAGCCGAUCUCUGGCCGGAGAUCGAUUACAUUUUCUCAUCCACGGCAACAUCAAUGGUACAAUCUCAAGCCGUCAGUUCACUAAUCAAACUCGGAGAGAACAUUCGCACAUUAAUCAACGACUUCGAAAUGGCUAUUCAGAAAGAAUCAUCGAAAACGCCUGUUCCUAAAGGCGGAGUUCAUCCACUAACUCGCUACGUGAUGAACUACAUAUCUUUCCUCUCAGAUUACAGUGGAAUACUGAACGACAUUGUAGCCGAUUGGCCUUUAGCAACGAAAUUAUCAAUGCCAGAAUCAUACUACGGAACACCUAAAGAAGAAGAUAGUCCGAUUACCUUACGUUUCGCUUGGUUGAUUCUCGUCCUCCUCUGCAAACUCGAUGGCAAAGCAGAGUAUUACAACGACGUCGCUCUCUCCUACUUGUUCUUAGCGAAUAAUCUCCAUUACGUCGUUGAAAAAGUUCGUACCUCGAAUCUGAGAUUCAUCCUUGGCAACGACUGGAUUGAGAGGCACGAAUCGAAGAUCAAACUGUACUCCUCCAAGUACAGACGCAUUGGAUGGAAUGGAGUGUUCUCGUCGCUUCCGGCGGAUGUCACAGCGGGAAUAUCGCCGGAGGAAGCAAGAGAAUCGUUCAGAAAUUUCAACAGAGCUUUCGAAGAAACUUACAGAAAACAAGCCUCCUGGAUCGUGCCCGAUCAGAAGCUUCGCGAUGAAAUGAAGAUUUCACUGGCGAGGGAACUUGGAGCUUUAUACGGCGAGUUUUACGCGAGGAAUCGGGUUCGGGUGAGGCGGAUUUCUGGGUCGGAUAAUGUGAUCCGAUUAUCCCCUGAUGAUUUGGGUAAUUAUUUAUCGGAUCUGUUCUACGGGUCUGGAUCCGAAAGUGUAGGGAGCGGGUCCUCGUCUACUUCAUCGUCUCAUUCCUCGCCGUCUUCUCGAGGGAGAUUCGCCCGUUGACACGUGGCCGCUACCGGCUGUUUUAGAUUUUUCUGUGAAAAUAAUACAUUAUUUAUGUACAUAAAAUUCUUUCCAUUUUUUUAUAUAAUAAAUGAAUUUAAGUUGGUGAGACACGCUUUCUUCUCAUUUAUUCCUCAAA